AUGCUACACAAACAUAUUUCGGAAGACACUAGUAAGACGGCACACGGCCAUCAGACCGUCCUUUCUAAGAGUUACAAAUUAUUGGCGGAUAACUUGCAAGAAUUGACCCUGAAGGGCGAAUUUGAUGAUGGCUCGCAGCAACACAUUGUGACAAAUAAGCAUUACAAGAUUCCGGAGGCUGGGCUUCCUUCGCACCUGGCAUACACAUUCCUUCGCAAUGAACUAACUCUGGAUGGGAACCCGCAUCUGAACUUGGCCAGUUUCGUCAACACAACGACGACUGAGGUUGCUCGCAAACUCAUCAUGGAAAAUAUCGAUAAAAACCUAGCGGAUAAUGACGAGUACCCGCAAAUGAUUGAGAUUACCGAGAGGUGUGUCUCGAUGCUGGCACGGCUGUGGAAAGCAGACCCCCAAAAACAGCCCCUCGGCUGCGCCACAACGGGCUCGAGCGAAGCAAUCAUGCUGGGAGGGCUUGCGAUGAAGCGUCAAUGGGAAAAACGCAUGCGGGAGGCAAAAAAGCCUUUUUCGAAACCCAACAUCAUCAUGUCAAGUGCUGCGCAGGUGGCCUUGGAAAAAUUCGCUCGUUAUUUUGAUGUGGAGUGUCGUUUGGUGCCUGUUUCGCACGAUUCGAACCACCACUUAGAUGCCAGCAAGCUCUGGGACUUUGUGGAUGAGAACACCAUUGGUUGCUUCGUCAUACUGGGCACGACAUAUACCGGUCACUUGGAGAAUGUCGAGGCCGUGGCAGAUGUAUUGUCGCAGAUUGAAGAACAACACCCGGACUGGAGCAACACCACCAUCCCAAUACAUGUCGAUGGUGCGUCUGGUGGGUUCAUUGUUCCGCUCGCAUUUAGCGAUGCUCAAAUGGCGGACUUCAAACUUCCAAAGUGGGGGUUCAACCAUUCGAGAGUUGUAAGUAUCAACACAUCGGGGCACAAGUUUGGACUGACGACCCCUGGACUAGGCUGGAUUGUUUGGAAAGAGGACAGUUAUUUGCUGCCAGAAUUGAGAUUUAAGCUGACGUAUUUGGGGGGAGUGGAAGAGACCUUCAACCUCAACUUCUCGAGGCCUGGAUUCCAAGUCAUCCAUCAGUACUACAACUUUAUGAACCUCGGCCUGAAGGGCUACAAGGAUUUGUUUGACAAAGCUCUGUUUGCUGCGAGGUACUUCAGUUUGGCGCUUUUGGAGAGCGACGAAUUCCAGGGCAAUUUCGAGGUCAUUAGUAGCAUCCACGAGCGGCUUGAUGAUGGUAAACCCCAUCUACAAGAUUUUGUCCAGGAUCCAGAAAGUUUCAAGCCUGGCGUUCCAUUGGUGGCUUUUAAGCUGUCGAAAAAGUUCCAGGAAACAUAUCCCGACAUACCACAGGCCAUGAUCUCUUCCCUCCUGCGUACCAAGGGAUGGAUAGUGCCAAACUACCCUCUUCCGCAGUCCACCGACGGGUCUGACAAAUGGGAGGUGUUGAGAGUCGUCUUCAGAUCCGAGAUGAGCAUGGACUUGGUGCAGUUGUUAUUAACCCACAUUCACCUGGCGGUCCAGAAGCUGAUUAAAUGCAGCAAUUCCAUUCCAGAAGGUUUGAGUGUGGGUGAGCGCAGGGAUGCGAUUUACAACAUGAUGCUGAUCUUGGCUUCUCCGGAGAGUAGCGCGGACGACGAGGCAAGUCACCACAAGAGAAAGAACUAUAGAGGUACGUGCUGA